UAUACAUGGCAUCAACGUGGCGCCCAAUGUCUCUCGCCUUAUUUUCUUUUGUUUUCCUGCAGAUAUCCUCGUCUUACGAGCAACUAUCCGCCUUUGUGGAAGGAAGCUCAGAUGAUGCACCGUCGAGAGACAUCAGCAUUCAAGAUGGAGGAUCAGGCAGCCCUGGUUCUCUGUCCGCAGCUGAAGCUCCUCUCCGUCGGGCUCUGCAGCCGUACGGAUGGCAGCUCGGCGUUCCUCCACGCAGAAAGCUGCUUCAGUCUCCGGGAUUGUUGCUUUAUUCUCCUCUGAGUGUGACAUACAACGGAAAGACCUGCAUCCUCUUCAGGGCCCGGAAGCUGGCCAUCAGGUACAGAAACCACAGUCUGGUGGAUCUCACAGAGAAAACCUUCAGCCCAGACACACCGCUCGACACCAAAGGAUCCUUCUGCAGUAAAGAUAAAGCCAUACUCAAUCUGCGUUUCGGUGAUGUGGAAGAUCUUCGAGGACUCUCCAUCAGGCUACAGAUGUCAAACACGUUUUAUGAGUCGGCAGGACAGAACUGGUUCACGCUCGAUAACGUGCACAUCCAUUAUAACUGGACGUACGAGGCCACAUUUAAUGCCACAGAUGUGUACGCGCCGUCCACCAACUCAUACCACUGCCAGCACGUCAGCAGCCUGCAGAAAUACGACACGCUGCUGGUGCCUAGCGCCAACACUGACCAUGCUGCAAACUGGCACAUCACAUUCACAGACUUCCAGAUUCAGGCCUUCAAUGUUCAGUCCAGUAAGUUUGCUCCGGCCAGCGACUGUGCCACGUUCUUCACUCCGGCCAUCCUGAUGGGCCUGAUCACAUCUCUGAUCCUGCUGCUGGUUCUGGCCUACGCCCUGCACAUGGUGGUGCAUCUGAAGCACAUCGACCGCUAUGAAGAGCACAAGACCACCGUUUAUUUCCCCCGCAGCACAGAAGCCGAGUGCACAGAGAAGAACAGCCUCUAGGGGGCACCGCACAGGACUCUUAUAACCAGACUGACUCCCGUCCGCACCGCCGUCUGGGACUGACUGCACCACGCCAGUGAUGUCAUUGUGGUGGGACAGUGCAAGUCCGAAUCCGGCUCCUUUGGGACAUCCGAGGAUUUGGAGAUUUCUCACCAAAAACUAAAUCUAAGAAUUAAAUAUUCAGCGUCGGGUUUGGCGAGACGUCCGUUUUCUGGAGGAUUGUUGGAAUGCAACUGCAACUUAAUAAUGAUUCAUUGGA